UUGCACGGGAGCACCGCCUCCUUUCCGUAUGUCGUUUGCAGUGUGAAAGUUCACAGGGCAUGCAAAGGUCGUGUUGUGUUUUUAGCGAGCUAUGGCUGCCUUGAGUUGGUUUACGUGCAGACAGCUGCCGCGUAUUGCAAAUCAGUUCGCCUGGGUUGUGAAGCACGUCAGGCCUCAGUACCUCGGGGGACUGCCGGUGAGGAGAGUCCACGGGUCGUCGCGGAAAUGGGUGGCUGAGAAGGGGCCAUGGGGCAAGGCUCGGAUGCCAGAGUAUCAUCUUCUGACAGAACUCGAUAAGGCGGAUGCCUUGAUGCUGAAAAAGUCCCACGAAACUGGGUUCCUGUCUUGGUUCCGGAACGGACUCCUGGCCACCGGGAUCGGGGUCAUCGCUUUCGUCCAGAGUGAUGUGGGACGAGAGGCAGGAUAUGCCUUCUUCAUCCUGGGUGGUGUGUGUGUAUCGUUCGGCGGGGCGUCCUACGUGGGCAGCCUGUUUUCGCUGAGGAGGAUGAUGCUUCUCUCCCUGCCUGCAGUGCUGCUGAAUGUUGCUGUGGUGAGCAGCGUCGCCCUCUUCUGGCUGUGUGCGGUAUCUCUCUACAUCGGACGCCUGGAGGUGGAGAUUAUACAUGAGGAGGACGAGGACGAUGACGGAGAGGAGUGUCCAGACUGUCGGGACCGCGCCAACCACUCCCAUGGCAACCGGCACCACGGCAGCAACAAAGGCCAAGACAAGUAGAGAGUGUGAGUGGCAAAGGUGACGAGGUGUGUGUGUGAGUGAGUGAGUGAGAGAGAGGACUGAGAGGAAGUGUGUAUGACAUUUAAAGAGAUGGGGGGGAAUAAAGGGGAUCAGUGAAAGGCAUGAUGUAUUUGGAUGGUGGUGGUUUGCUGACCUCUGAUAUUAAUCUGUGUGGGUGGGUGAUUGUGUUAAAUUUCUGGGAUAAAGAGUUAAUUUUUUGUUCAUAAUAUCAAUGUUCGAUUUUUUUUUUUAAAUUGUAGUUUUAUUUUGCACAGGCACUCUGUAAGAGUGCCUCGUUUGAGUUGAUUUACUCCUGAUCAUGUUUACUUUAUGAAUCAAAGUGCCCUGUACAAUUCCUAAGCCAUACUCUGAGCCAGCUCAUGCUGUGUUCACCUAAAUAUGGUUUUGUUGAUGUAAAAAAAAAAAAACUUUAACAAUUAUCAGUUUAUUCUAUAUUUAUUACGAAGGAGUACUUGGAUUCUCUGUAGUAAUCCAUGCUGGUGAUGUAGAAUGAGGAGAUGUAGCCCAUGUUGCAGUGUUGAAUGGAUGAACUAGCGCUAUGUGAAUUUGCGAUAUAAUGUAUAAAUACUGUAGGUAAGUAAUCAGCAAUGGUCUAUAUUUGUGUAAUCGAUUUUCUGUGUGUAAAAGUCUGGGUUUUUCUUAUGCGUUCUGUAUUUUAGAUUGAGACGUUUCUUUUAACCCAUAAAGGCUUUGGCUUAAAAAAAAUUUCCAAAGGGUUUUGUGAUUCAAUAUACUUUUGUCAUAAAGCAAAUGACAACAACAACAAAAAAUGUCAAAGUGCUAUAAGUUUUAAUUAUUUUUAUUUAAACAUGUUCAAUGCAAUCUUGAUAGUGGAUUUCUAUAGAGUAGUUUAGUUUUAACUGUAAAGUAUCGUUAUUUCAUACCUUUACUCAAUCGAGGCUUGAAAGCUGCAGCCACAACGUAAUCAAAAUUACCACCCUGAACCCCAUGUCUUUUUGGAGAGAUUUUAGUGAGAAACUAUAACAUUUGUUUAACCCGUGUGUUUGUAUGAGAUGGACAUUUACAGUGCAUUUGGAAAGUAUUCAGACCCCUUGACUUUUCCCACAUUUUGUUACGUUACAGCCUUAUUCUAAAAUAUAUAUAUAUUUUAAAUCCCCCUCGUCAAUCUACACAAUACUCCAUAAUAACAAAGCAAAAACAGGUUUUUAGACAUUUUUGCAAAAAAAUUGAUAAUUAUUUUACACAUUUGCAUAAGCGUUCUGACCCUUUACUCAGUACUUUGUUGAAUCACCUUUGGCAGCGAUUACAGCCUCGAGUCUUCUUGGGUAUAAGCUUGGCACACCUGUAUUUGGGGAGUUUCUCCCAUUCUUCUCUGCAGAUC